GGCUGAAUUUGAAGUGGGAGAAAAAGUCCUACUUAGAGUCUCCCCGACAAAGGGAGUAAUGAGAUUUGGAAAGAAGGGAAAGCUAAGCCCGAGGUUCAUCGGUCCGUAUGAUGUCCUCGAGCGAGUGGGAAGAGUGGCAUAUCGUCUAGCUCUACCCACUGAGCUGGCUAAGGUACACAAUGUUUUCCAUAUCUCCCAAUUGAAGAAGUAUGUUCACGACGAUUCACAUAUCCUUAACCCUGAGGUGGUCGAGUUAGACGAAACAUUGACUUACGAGGAGAGACCUAUCCAGAUUCUGGACACCAAGACUCGUGAGACUAGAAGAAAAGCAAUUAAGAUGGUGAAAGUAUUGUGGUCUAACCACUUGGCUGAAAACGCCACUUGGGAGACCGAGGAUGAUUUG